AUGACCAAUGCCUAUGCUCUGCUAUGGAACUCAACCCGAGACGCUCUACAUAACAAAACUCUCAAACCUUUAUUGAAUGCCUUCAACCAAAUUCCUGGGAGUGAAAGUGAAAAGAAAUGUACCCUGGAUCAAGCUUUCAGAGUUGUUGUAGAAGAGGAAAUUAUAAACAAGGCUGUAUGUGAAAAUCUCUUGGCCAUCAUUUCUCUUUCUAUCAAUGGAGUCACAGAAGGUAUAUGCACAGCUUCAACUCCUUUUGUGCUCCUGGGAGAUGUUCUGGAUUGCCUUCCUUUGGAUCAGUGUGACAAAAUCUUCACUUUUGUGGAGAAAAAUGUUACCACAUGGAAGUCAAGUACAUUUUAUUCAGCUGGAAAGAAUUACUUGCUACGAAUGUGCAAUGGUGAGUAUGGGUUCUCCACCGAGACAGAGAGUGAGCAAAAAAGCUACAACACAGAUCUUCUAAGAAGAUUAUCCAAAUCACAGAACACAGUCUUCUGUGGAAGAAUACAGCUGUUCCUGGCUAGGUUGUUUCCUCUUUCAGAGAAGUCAGGGCUUAAUUUACAAAGUCAGUUUAAUCUGGAGAAUGUCACAGUUUUCAAUACCAAUGAACAGGAGAGCACUCUGGGACAGAAACACACGGAGGAGAAAGAGGAAGGACUGGAAGUCGAAGAAGGUGAAAUGGGUGAUGAUGAAGCUCCUACAAGUUGUUCCAUUCCAAUAGAUUACAACCUGUAUAGAAAAUUCUGGUCACUUCAAGAUUACUUUAGGAAUCCAGUGCAGUGCUAUGAGAAGGUCUCAUGGAAAACUUUUCUUAAGUAUUCAGAAGAAGUUUUGGCUGUUUUUAAAAGCUACAAGUUGGAUGACACACAGGCCUCACGGAAGAAGCUAGAAGAGCUGAAAACAGGAGGGGAGCAUGUGUACUUUGCGAAGUUCCUAACUAGUGAAAAGCUCAUGGAUUUGCAGCUGAGUGACAGUAACUUCCGCCGUCACAUCCUGUUGCAGUAUCUGAUAUUAUUUCAGUAUCUAAAAGGACAGGUCAAAUUUAAAAGUUCAAACUAUGUUCUAACUGAUGAACAAUCCCUCUGGAUUGAAGAUACUACAAAAGCAGUUUACCAGCUUCUUUCAGAAAACCCUCCAGAUGGGGAAAGGUUCUCAAAAAUGGUAGAGCAUAUACUAAACACUGAAGAAAACUGGAACUCGUGGAAAAAUGAAGGCUGCCCAAGCUUUGUGAAAGAGAGACCACCAGAUUUGAAGCCGAUAAGACCUGUGAGAAAGAGACCAGCCCCAGAGGAUUUCCUAGGAAGAGGACCAAACAAAAAAAUUUUGAUGGGGAAUGAGGAGCUCACGCGGCUUUGGAAUUUGUGUCCUGACAACAUGGAAGCUUGUAAAUCUGACAGUAGGGAGUACAUGCCAACGCUGGAGGAGUUCUUUGAAGAAGCUAUUGAGCAGGCAGAUCCUGAAAACAUGGUUGAAAAUGCGUACAAAGCUGUAAACAAUUCUAACUAUGGAUGGAGAGCAUUAAGGUUACUGGCACGCAGAAGUCCCCACUUCUUCCAGCCGACAAAUCAACAGUUUAAGAGUUUACCAGAAUACCUAGAAAACAUGGUAAUCAAAUUGGCCAAGGAACUGCCGCCUCCUUCUGAAGAAAUAAAAACAGGCGAGGAUGAAGAUGAGGAAGAUAAUGAUGCUUUAUUAAAGGAAAACAAUGAAAGUCCAGAAGUCCAACGGGACAAACCUAUGACAGGGGAACAAAUUGAGUCAUUUGCUAACAAGCUGGGAGAGCAGUGGAAGGUGCUUGCUCCGUACCUGGAAAUGAAGGACCGUGAUAUAAGACAGAUUGAGUCAGACAGUGAAGAUGUGAAGAUGAGAGCAAAGCAACUGCUGGUUGCCUGGCAGGAUCAAGAGGGGGCACAUGCCAUACCCGAGAACCUGAUCACUGCACUGAACAAAGCUGGAUUAAAUGACCUUGCUGAAAGCCUAACAAAUGAUACUGAAAACAAUAGUUAACUUCUCUCAGAGCAAAAAAAAAUUUGUUGAAAUAAUUGUGACUAUUGUUGCUACGGGAGAUUCAAUAGGUCUCUUCUGUUUAGUAAACAAUAAAACCUUUAUAUAACA